AUGGCGACCGCACUUCGUGGGCGUCCAGCUCAUGCUCCUGGAAAUACCUUCUUCAGCUACACCCCCAAUGGCAGGAAACUGGUCACAGCAGGCACAAAUGGCGCCAUACGUAUUUUCGAACACGGUUCUGAUGGAGAGCCGGACAUCAUUGAUGUUACGUCCGAUAACCAUACCGCUGUCGUGGCCACCAACGAGCACUUCAUCAUCGGCUGCGAAGAUGGAGAGGUCUGCAAAUACAACCUUUCAACCAAGCGCCAGGAUGACAUGCUCACGAGAUGCAUUGGCGCGAUCCACGACCUAGCUCUGUCACCGGAUGGUAAAUGGGUCGCAGUCGCCAGCGAGGAACUCGAGGUCAAGGUCAUAAAUGUGGACGACAUGACCAAUAUCAUGUCUCUUCGAGAGCAUACAGCACCGAUCAAGCAGCUUUCUUUCGAUCUUAGUGGGACUACUUUGACAGCGUCAUGUGCUGAUGGCAUGAUAUACGCGUAUUCACUGAGCUCUGAACAGCCACAGCUCAUUCGCCGAGUCGACGGUCUCAUUAACGUGCUGAACACCGACUCUGGAGCUGCGACGCGGGCGACUUGGCAUCCUGAUGGGCGGGCAUUCGUUGUGCCAACAGAGGCAAAAGAUCUCCAGGUCGUUUCGCGCAGUGACUGGACACGUCAAAAAGUAUUCUCCGGCCACAAGUCAGACAUCUCAGCCCUGGCAUGGUCUCCAAAUGGUGCUCUGCUCGUAACUGCAGAUCUGGACAAGAACCUGAUCUUAUGGGAUGUGAAAUCUCAGAAAGUCCUCAAAACCUACGAUGACGUUAAAAAUCGCAUUCUUGACAUGCAGUUCCACCCCAAGGACAACGUCUUGUCUUACACCAACACCAACGGCGAGCUGUUCAUUCGCGAAGACUUCGUGCCAGACGAGCACCGAAGACUGCUGCGGUCUGACACCCAGCCAGCGCCUUUGAACAACGAUCCCCUCGCCGAAAUCUCUGGCAAUGCUCGAAAGCCGGCGACCAAUGGAUUCUCACACAAGCGCACAGCCCAAGAUGACUAUCUGGACGAUUUGUUAGGUCCAGACAACAUGUCUGAAGAUGGCGACGGUUUCAUCGAAGACGAUGAUGGUGCCGGAUAUGCAGAAGAGCCAAACCUUUUUGGCAAACGUCUAGCACAUCCAUCGAAUGGCCCACAAGCGAAACGGCAUGCCGCAUACAGCACUUGGGAACCACAACUUCAUGACUCGUUCCAGCCUGGCAGCACUCCAUGGAAAGGCAAUCGACGCUAUCUUUGCCUCAACUUGACUGGCUUCGUAUGGACAGUCAACCAAGAGACACACCAUACGGUCACUGUUGAGUUCUACGACCGCCAAGAGCAUCGUGACUUCCACUUUACUGACCCAUACCGCUACGACAAAGCAUGCCUGAACGAGAAUGGAGCGCUGUUUGCAUGUCCUAGCUCUUCACAGCACCCUGCCAUCGUCUAUUACCGACCACACGAGACUUGGACCACGAGGGUGGACUGGCGAACAGAAUUGCCCGAAGGCGAGGAGGUCACCUCACUGUCGUUGAGCAACUCAUGUGUAGUAGCCACGACGACGGGUGGCUACGUUCGUAUCUACAGCCUCUUCGGUCUGCCGCUCAAGGUCUACCGACAGAAGAGCACACCGGCAGUUACCUGCGCAAGUUGGCGUGACUAUGUGAUGACAGUCGGCAAUGGACCCGUCGGCGGCGAUGGCACAACUCGACUACUCUACACCAUCGAGAACGUGAAGAGAGACGAGAUUUGCCAGAGCGAGGAUAUCCUGGCAUUGCCUGAAGGGACCGAGCUGCGCAGCGUUCUUUUCAGCGAUAAAGGCGAUCCUUGCAUCUACGACAGCGAUGGUGUGCUGUUGGUCUGUCAACAUUGGAGAACUCCUGGCCAGGCGAGAUGGGUCCCUCUGCUUGAUACGCGGACACUCGAGCGUCUCGCUGGCGGCAAGAAAGAGGAGAGUUACUGGCCUGUUGCGGUUGCGGAUGACCGUUUUCACUGCAUCAUCCUAAAGGGCGGCGAGCAGUAUCCAUACUUCCCACGACCUCUGCUAUCGGACUUCGCAUUCAAAGUGCCUGUGUCAGCAACGCCAGACGACGAAGACGAAAGCGUCGCUCACCAAAAGAACCUCGAAGAGCAGUAUGUCCGCUUUGCAACUCAACGAUCUCUACUACAAGACCUGGUCGAGAAUACCCACGCCACAUCCACUCAAAAGACAGACCUGGCGGCCAUGGAGGGCGAGGUGGACAAAGCGUUACUACAACUCCUCGCAGCUGAAUGCCGAGAGGGCGAAGAGCGUGGCAUGAAGGCUCUGGAGAUCGCAACACUAAUGAGAGACCGGUCAGGCAAUAUGCUCACAGCCGCCAGCAAGAUCGCACAACGCUUCCAACACGACCGACUCAGCGAGAAGAUCACGGAACUGGCUGAGAGACGGAUGGUGGGACUGGUGGACGACGAUGAUGAGGAUAUUUGA